AUGUCGACGAAGCCCUACAAUGGGCCAUAUCGCGCCUCGGCCGCUAGCAGAGUCAGUAAUGCCGCUUUACCUUCUAUUGCUGGGCUCCCAUAUUUAACUGGUCCACCCGGCAACCAGCAGGACUUGCCAUACCUGCUGAGCGAAAUGUAUCGUCGGCCCUGGCCGGCCAGUGCCAGUCUAUUGAAUUGGCCAAAUAAGCCCAGCUGGCUUCUAAAGGGCCAAUCAGAAGCCAGCGCCAAGGACUCCGAUACUGGCGGUCGUAGGUACGGGUCGUACGACUUCGGUACGGAAGCGAAGCCAUACCGGCAAGAUUCCUUUCGUCCGAUGCUGAUGGCGCCCCCGCUGUACCAUGCCUAUCGUCUGCGCAGUCCCUUGCAGGCUCCGUCGGUCCGGACUUUCAGCUCUAGAGGCACGUCGGCGUCAACUCCGCGUCUGGACGUCAAUAGGACGGUUUUCCAUCCCCCCUGA